AUGUUGGUAACUAACCAGAAUGAAUUCUACAGUGAAACCAAUCUGGAUAAGGCUGUGGCACUUCCAUCUUUUCAGGCUGCGUUGGUGAAGGCCCGGCUGCUGCUGCGCCGUAACGGCGCUACCUGCGGCCGCCCGCCCUCCCGCGCCAUGGCCGCCAACGCGUCGCAGUGCCUGGAGGAGGGCGCCGGGCAAUGGCCGCCGCGCCCGCCCGGGUCGUACAGCGAGGCGCGGCGGCUGGCGCUGGAGGAGCUGGUGGCGGGCGGCCCCGAGGCGCUGCGCGCCUUCCUGCGGCGGGAGCGGCUGCCGCCCUUCCUGUCGGAGCCCGAGGUGCAGGCCAUCGCGCGGGGCGCCGUGCCGCCCGCCGCGGCCGACGAGUCGGCGGCCGAGGCGUCCCUGGACGCGUCGUCGCUCACCUACUUCCCCGAGCGCUCGGACGCGGAGCCGCCGGCGCUGGAGCUGGGCUGGCCGGGCUUCGGCAGCGGCGCGUUCCGCGGGCUGACGCGGGUGGAGGCGCACUUCCAGCCGGGCGGCGGGGGCAGCCCGUACGGCUGCAAGGAGGCGGUGCGGCGGCAGAUCCGCUCCGCGGAUGCGGUGAUUGCCCUUGUUAUGGAUUCCUUCACAGAUAUUGAUAUCUUCAGUGACCUUCAGAAUGCCUACAGCAAGCGCCAGGUCCCUGUCUAUAUCCUUCUUGACCAGGACUUUCUACCUUAUUUCUUGGAAAUGUGCAAAAACUUGGGUGUCUGUCCUGAGAAGGAGAGUUUGAUGAGGGUUCGAACUCUCACUGGGAACAUCUACUACAUGAGAUCAGGUGCCAAAAUUAUUGGGAAAGUCCAUGAAAAAUUCAUGUUGAUUGAUGGCGUGAGAGUGACAACAGGCUCCUACAGUUUCACGUGGACUGACGGGAAGCUGAACAGCAGUAACUUGCUGCUACUGUCCGGUCAAGUUGUUGAACACUUUGACCUGCAGUUUCGAAUUCUUUAUGCCCAGUCAAACCCUAUCAGUCCUGAGUGCCGAUCAAGCUGUAGGAACAGUGGAAUAUUUGAUCACGUGGAGAAAAGAAUAGAGUCCUCUAAAGAAUACACUGUGGAGAGCAAUUUGAGGGCAGAAUUUGCCAGGCUGUCCAGUACUCCAAAAAAACUGUUACAAGAACUAGAUGUGGCUGAAGACACUCCAGGAGGCAAACCUGGUGACCUGAGACAUUCUCACUUCAGUGAAGAGGAGUGGCUCAGCGAUCCAGAGGCCAUAGUGGGACAGAAGAACGCAUCAACUCAAACUGGCUUAUGGGAAGAGCAGCCUGCAGUGGCCGUGUGUAAUGUUGGCAUGCAGACCAAUGUUUUAACAGAAGAAGCUGACACUCAAACUUCAACUGCUACAAGAACGACUGGGACUCAGACUUCAGUUUUGCUGAAGGCUGCAGUGAUGCAGACAAGGGAAGAUGCGUUUGUGGAAACCCCUCUGCUUUACAGGAAGUUUUCCAAAGAAGAAUCCUUUCUACCUGGAAAGUCUUCAUCAAAUUCUAGCCUGCGGUCACUAUCUUCACCAUCAUCCCACCUGUCUCGUACGAGCUCCACCAACUCGCUGUCUUCUCUUCGGUCCUUUGAAUACCCUAGCAUUCACAGGGCAGAGUAUUUCCAAAAACUGCACACGGAGAGGCAAUUCCACUACUCCACCAUCAGAUCAAAGCUUAGCCACAUGGUGGGUAUCUUGUCCCGGAGAAGACAUGUUCCUGAAAGCUACAUGAACCACUGCAGGGGAAGGUACAACCUGAAGUAGAGGUUUUAUUUCCACUACAUGUUCAGAAUGAGGGAAAAUAACUUCAUUCUCAUUCCAGUAGAGAAGUAAAAUGUGUUUUAUCUCUGAAGCUGGGAAAGGUCUGUUGGAACAGCUGUGGGUUCUGAUCUAAACUAGGUCUUCAAUUUGAUUGUCCUCGUAUGCCUUUACAUGGCCAUAUGUAAGGUGUGCAUGUAACAACGAUAACAUAACUGUGUUACCAACAGUUUUUUCUCUUAAAUCUAAAGGUAGCUUCAUGUCAGAUGCUAAGAAGAAAAUGAACUGUCUCAGCCGGAACUGGGAUGUGUGUCUUAGUUCUGGUAGGAGACCUGUAAGUGCCUGCUUGCCUUGGAGUCGGGCUGGAGGUGAGAUGAUCCCCAAGGACACAUGACAAAGGCUCUGCUCAAAUAAAGUACAAAAAUAUUAUAGGUUGUUUGCCACGAUUAUUUUACAAAUAAUUUUUUCUCUCUUUAAACUGCGCUUUCAGAAUUUAUUCUGUAUUUCCUGCUCUGUCUGUAUUUUAUCCACUGAUAAUGGUUUGGGGAAUCAAAGAGCCACUAGAGCUUAUGAAAAUACCUUCAACACUACAUGGUUUGUGGGUUAAGUCACUUUGCAGAGACACUGCCUGAAUGUCUGCAGCAGGUGCAUGUGUGUUUGUGCUUGAUGGAUCACCUCUCUGAGGUCUGACCUGUGCUGCUUUAUACCUGUAUACCAUUAUGUUGGUAACUAACCAGAAUGAAUUCUACAGUGAAACCAAUCUGGAUAAGGUAUUUCCUCCUUAUUUAUGGGAGCAUCUGUCCAGUAGAUGGCACAUUUCAGCUGUUAAGUUCAUUUCCCUAAGAAGAAAUGAAUGAGUGGGAAAACAGCCAAAACAGCUGGGCUGCAAUGGAAGUGUAGGCAGACACGCUUUAUCCUAUAGGCUGUGGCACUUCCAUCUUUUCAGGCUGCGUUGGUGAAGGCCCGGCUGCUGCUGUAGGCUGUCAGAUCAUCCACUCCUUUCCCCUGCCCUGGGGGAGCAGUAAGCAGUGCUCAAAGCCUCUCUGACAAGGCUUUGUAUUUAAGAGCUGGCGUUGGGCAGCGUUUGAAUGCCUGUAAAAUGAACUCGAAAACCUUUGCUCUGCGUACUCGUCAACGUUGUUGCACUGUAGGAUUGUUUUGGUACUGAUAGGGGCGGUACGCUGUUUACAAAUAAAUUCACUUUGCCGGGAGGCUCUGAA